GAAGUGAAAUUAAUUUCCACGUAUAUCUAUAUUAAAAAAAAAGUUUAAUUCAUCCCCCUUUAAAAAUCCAGCUGUAAAUUGGACUUUCUUAACAAAAAGUCCUUUUGAAACAAAAGCAUCACAUUAAAAACGUCACCAUUUCAUCUCAGUUUUCCCGCCAAUAAAAACCCUACGAUUAUUUGAAUUCAGACAGCGCCGAACACAGAGCUGCCAGAAGCUGCCACGUGUCUACCCUUUUUCAAAAACCAAUCUCUUCUCUCCAUCUUCUCCAAUUCAAAAAAAAAAAAAAAACCCUAAAAAUGUGCUGAACUGAAUCAAACGCUCCAAAAUCCAAGUUCUUCGAAGCUCUGUUAAUUGAUUAUCUUCCUCAAACAAUCUCCAGCUUUCCAUCCAUGGCGUCCGUCAUCAAGCCCUCUUCGCGCUACAGUUCCUACGAUGUGCGCUCUUCUACUUCCUCCCAUUUCUCCGACCCCUCUACUUCCUCCGAGUUCAAGCUCAAAUCUCCCAUGGCGGCGAAUUCGUCGUCUUCGUCUUCGCGCGCUCUUGUCAAGAGCAAGGCGUCUGAUCUGGCUAGAGCUAAAUCGAAGCCGUCGGAUCAGAACCUGACGGCGAUGGUGAAGAAAUUCAUGGAGAAACGCUCGGCUUCGAAGCCGAAGACGGCGAAGCACGCGACGGGGUUGGUGAUUCCGUCGGAUUUGAUUGCGGAGGACUUGAAGAAGACGGCUAGGAAGGGGACCAACUUCGGUGGGCUGCAUAAGAAGCUGUUCGGGAAGGGGAGUGCCGCGGUGGAGAAGAAGGAGAAGAAGGAGGAGGUGAAGGCGUUGACGGAGGUGAAAGGGAAUACGAGGACAUUGGCGAUGGUGCUGAGGAGCGAAAGAGAGCUUUUGAGUUUGAAUAAGGAGCAGGAGUUGGAGAUCACUGAGCUCAAAUUAGUUCUCGAGGAGAAGUACAGAGAGAUCGAGAAGCUGAAGGAUUUAUGUUUGAAGCAAAGAGAAGAAAUAAAGUCAUUGAAGAAUGCAAUAUUGUUCCCAGAUGUUAUGAAUUCUCAGCUUCAAGAGAUGCUUGAAAAGCAGGACUCAGAGUUGAAGCAAGCCAAACAAAUCAUCCCUACUCUACAAAAGCAGGUCACCRCUCUCACUGGCCAGCUUCAUUCCCUCGCCGAGGACCUUGCCGAGGUGAAGGCAGAUAAAUAUUCAGGAAAGGCCUGGUUGCAAAAUAAUAGCAGUUCUCCUCACACACCAACAUAUGAUGAUGAGGAUGCUUCCAACUCUUUGGAGUUCAGUGCCUGUGAUCCAACAUCCCCUGGGAGUCCAGAUGACUUUUUGCUGAAGGAUGUGAAUCCCUGUCUAACACCCUAUUAUGCAACUAAAUCCAAGGAGUUUGAGGCGAUGGGAUACGAUUCUCCACGAGAUGAAAUAUUAUCCCACAACAGAAAGGAAUCUGGUUUUGAAUCUUGUUCCAGGAAAUUGUCCAGAAGUUCUGAUUGCAGGCAGAAGUCCAACGAAACAAACACUACAAGAACUGCCCGAAGAUCCGAUGAAGCCAAAUACAUGUACGGAAAGCCAAUGCAUAAGUUUUACUGAACCUCGUCAUAUUCUUCCAGUUCAGGUUCACAUUCUUGAUUCUUCUACAUAAUUAUUUGUACCUUGUCACCUAUUGUCACUGUAUGAACCAUAGUUGUUUAUGUUGGAUCCCGAACCAACCAACUGAAGCUCUGAUGCCAACCAGUCUUCUUUUGAGCUUAAGGGAGUAAUACUUUGGGUGUACAUGCUACAUUUAAAAAGCUCAUCAAUAAUAGUAAAUAAGAGUCACAUGAUGGCUGAGGAA